GGAGGUUAGACUAAACUGCACUUCCGAUGUUCGACCUGACCUUGAAGUCGGGUUGCUGAAGGUUAGGUUGCUACAUGAAUAUCAAAGCUUACGUACUCGUACAUAUGAAGCUCAAAACUUGGAGAGUUACCGUUAAAAUCCAGUUUCAGAAUGACUGUUGAGGUUUAGUCUGAUAUUUGGAAUGGAUAAAUACAUUUUAACCUUGUUCCUAUGUCCUUAGACUUGAAGAGGCCCACUAAUUCAUGCUUGGAGCUAGACUGGUUUCUUUGAAUUUACUGUUCGUGAGUUUCGGUCUGGAUUUUGGUGACCGUUCAACCUAGUAUUAAAGACGCUAUUUACUGCACUGAUUCUUUUGUGGACUGAUUCAUUGGUGGAUUCUUAUUCCUUCUAGAAUACAGGCACAGUUAAGAUCAGCCAGGUGGGAGUUGUUUAGGGCUGCUAGACGUAUCAGUUGACUAGGCUGCUUGACUGUUAUUCUUGACAAAUUUAUAUCAACCCACCAGCGUAUUUUUUGAGCCACCAAGAUUUCUGGGUGCACCGACGUAUGGGUAUUAUCUACUUGUACUAAUAAGAUAUUCCGUGAUCGUAUAUUUCUAUCUAAUUUGUGCAUUAAAGCAUCCACAGCUUUUAGAGACUUACGGUAUUUUUGGGUUACGCUUAUGAAAUAGGAUCAUAUGAACUUAAUCUCAUCUUUCGGUAGAUAUCCAGAACCCUGAUUCACAUGUGUAUCAGAAGGUAUCAAUAUAAUUUACUGUGUUAAGAUGGUUACAUAAGUUCAACUGCAACUUCUAUCGUCUCUUGUAGAUCCCCGUGUAAUGUGAUAUUUCAGUACAUUCUUAGCAAAAAUUUGAUAAAAGUACAUGCCAUUUAUGUUCAUUCAGCACUGAUCGAUAAUAUCACGAGUCUCAUUAUUCAAUGAGGUGGAAUAAUUCUGAUUCUAAAUGUUUGAAAAUCAGGGUAACACUACAUGAAUCUGAGCUUGAGUUUAACAUAUCGCCUAAAAGCACUGGAAAAUACCUCUUUGACCUUGUCUGCAGUACAAUUGGCUUAAGAGAGACGUGGUAUUUCGGAUUACAAUUUUAUAGCUUCUUUCCAAAUGGGAGAAUGCAACUUUUUCACUGGCUAAAACUAGACAAGAAGAUUGUUUCACAGAAACCAGGAGAUAUCUCAAAGUCUCUUUGCUUCUUUUUCCACACCAAAUUCUUCCCUGAAGAUGUUGAACAGGAACUAAUACAAGCCACAACUCGUCGUCUGUUCUAUUUAAGUGUCAAGUCCACCAUUUUAAAUAGAAGUGAAUCCAGUAUGAAUGGCAACUGUUUUGGCGAUCUUUGUCCGUCUCUCGAUGUGGCUAUUCUACUUGCUUCAUUAGCUUCUCAGGCAGAAUAUGGUGAUCUUUGUGAGGAAGAACUUAGUGAUACGGAAGAACUAACCUACUUACCGCGCCGUAUACUCAGAUUAAUCCCAGCUCAACUAUGGGCCCAAAUACAGUCUACUCAAGGUAUAAUGCAACAGUUUCGGGAACAUUAUAAAUCUCACAAGGGAAUGAAUCGUGACAAGGCGGAACUUCAAUAUCUCAAAGUAGCCCAAAUGCAUAAUCUUUUUGGUGUGGAUUUUUUCCCUAUUGUUUAUGUUCGGAUGAAGUUUCCUCGGAUGUUGAAUUUAACGCAUAAUGAAUCAACUAUUUGGGACAACACUAAAAAGUGUCACACCAAUGCUUGGCUGGGUGUUACAGCAGCUGGUCUUCAACUGUAUGGAAAAUGUCAACGUGAUCCACCUCAAUUUACCUUUCCUUGGAAUUUAAUAAAAAACGUUUCAUAUCGCGAACGCAAAUUUACGAUCAAGUUGACCAGCACCUGCCGUGGAACCGGCAAACCUAGUCAAGGUACAUCUACCACAAUAUCUAUGCCAACCGUAUUGAACGAAACCAGAGGACCAUUUGUUCCUUCAAAAACAAGCCAACCAAGUCGCAGCCCCCUAAUCAGUACCACUGGCCAAGCCUUUGUUGGGGCUGCUGUAGGUUCUAGUGCUGGAGGUAGCGGCACUUCUGCCGCAAGUUUACCUGGCACUCCAACAUCAGCUCGUCUUGUUCCCUCUGUCCCACCUGUCUCUCCAAAUGUACUUGACACAUCUGUUAACAUUUCAUCUCUAAAAGGUGUUCCCAAGUUUGAUUCAUGUGAUACUGCACAAAAACUUGGUAUUCUAAAAGGUUUCAAAUGUCCUGCUAAAGUUUUUGAAUUAGGUUCACGCUGCAUUCCUGGUUUAUCGAUCAAGUCCUCCCGUUACUCUGCUAACGAACUUGCCGUUACUAGUAAUAGCGUGGAUUGUAUUCGUGCCCCUAGGGUUCAGUCUGCGGAUACUAAUGUCUCAUCACCGUCCAAAAGUGUGCUUAAAUCGCCUUAUUUCAAUUCGGAGACAGUAUUCAUCAGUGUUGUUGAAGUUUGGUUGGCUGAUCCGAAUCAAGCUAAAACAGUUAUAUCUAUGUGUGCUGGUAAUCACUCAUUGUUCAUGAGACGUCGUCAACCGGAUAGCAUUGAAGUUCAGCAAAUGAGAGCACAGGCAAGAGAAGAAAGAGCCAGACGAGAGGUUGAACGAGCACGACUGGCAAGAGCACGUGCCGAAAAGGCGGAGGCUUUAGAAGCUAAAUCAGUUUUAGAAGCCCGAUGUGCUCAACUCGAAGAAGCAUUGAUGCAUCAACAAAGGCGCCAAAAACCAUACAUCUCUGAUAACCAUAAUCGUUUGAACGAUACGUAUACACCUGAUUCACCCCCUACUUGCACUUCUCAUUCUAUAUCCAAUGAAUACAACUGUAAAGUUUCUCUCAAUCCUAUGAAGAAAGAAUAUCUAAAAGACUUGAAAAUCGUUAGUAUACCUAUAUCCCAAACAUUAAACGGUGACGAUGAUCAGAAAUCCAUUUCUAAUGCCGUUGAAGAUAAUGAUAAAACUACCAGUGAUAUUGUGAAUCGUAAUCGGUGUGAUAGCUACUUCGAUGAAUACAGUUUCUAUCUACCAGUAACCAAUACAGAUGGAUGCUCAGCACAUCAUGGGAAAUCUUGGGAUGAUGGUAUUCAGACAGCCCAAAAUAACUUGAUUUACACUGACCCUGUCAAUCCAAACAUUUUAGCAGAUUCCUAUUCUAAGUAUACAGAUCAGCGAUUUGCUCCUGGUUCAGUGUCUGUUCCUGUAACGCCUCAUGUUAAACGGACAGAAAUGAUACGCCGUUGGGAUGCAGAUUAUUUCCCUCCGUCAUCUUCGUGGCCAUUUGAGUCAACUAGUUGUCCAGUGGACCUACAAAGGGAACAUGCUAUUUAUAAGAAUCAUAACAAAAAGGUGGUUUUAUAUCCAUCGUAUUUGGUUACAAAUCUUGGUCCAAUGUAUCCGGAAGUUAGUUACUGUGGAAUUGCCAUUAAAUCUUUAUGGCCUAGAAAUCACUGUUUCACUGCUGAAGUGCCAAUAACGUCUGUUGGGGAGUCUCAUUCACAAGAACCAGAAGCCUCUUACACACCUUUUGUCAUUGUCCCUGAUAACUUGCCUGCCCUUCGCAGUGAAGUUUUCAAUUCGAAUUCGCGGACCAGACAGACAGAUGUCUCUCAUAAUCAUAAUCCGUGGGCAUGUGUAGUAAAGUCUUCUGGACACCAACCUCUAGCAGUUUGUCACAUGUGUUCGCCACCUCAAACACGCAUUCAUGAUGUUUCUCAUAAUGUACCUAUGGGUGUUCUAAGACAUCUACAGUACUCUACAACAAAUUGUAACGCUCAAUCGAUCCCACGGGAUCCGAUAGAUAGCAGCCAGUAUUUAUAUUCGAGUUCAUCUUUGGCUGCAAUACUUUCUCCUAUUGUUACUCAGCGUUUGCAACGUCGAGUACCUAGUCGUCCGCAGCUGAGCAAUGGAUUAAAGCGACAGCGGACGCAACUAAAGAACGUGAGAUCGUCUGACACAGUCCAUAUUCCCUCAAUACAGCGUUCAACAAGUCAUAUCCAAAUACCUUGUGCAGGAAACAGUUGUGGACAAGUGUCUAAAGAAGAGCUUAAUUCGGCCAACAACCACGUAUUUUCUCAUCCUACGUAUCUCGGCUAUCCUCUUCAAUGUGCACCUUGCUCUACAAACGUUUAUCGGAAUCACUGUGACAUUCAUGCAGGUUGCAGAUAUCCAAAUUUACUGCCGCAUAAUCAGUUUCCCUCUGCUCAAACAAAUGAAUAUCUUCGCCGUGCUUCUAGUCUUGACGUUUCGUCUGGAACUAAUGAUCCUUUGUGGACUACAGCGCCUCGUGAAAUGUUAUCUCGAACAGAUGAACGUAAUGAAAAUGAGAAUGUAUUGUUACUUGAAUCGAAUCCUCCUUAUACUCAACGUUAUUUCUUAACAAGUCAGCUGGAGGUAGAAAGAGCUCGCUUUGCGUUCCUUCAAACACAAUUUUCGCGACAGCUGUGUGAUACUUGGGGAUACUUAAAAGCCGCUCGUGGACAGCAGGUUGAUAAAUCUAGCGAGUUAGCAACCCACGCUGUUGGAAGUAAUAUUCACAAUAAUCCUUUAUAUGCCUGUGAACUGCGAUGUGAUCCUGCUGGCGCUUCGGAUGGUGCAUCCACUGGUGGUGGCAACGUUUGUAGCAUAUGUGGUUCUGGUGCUUAUGAUGGGCACGAUCACCUUCACGACACUAGUCCAGACCAUCAUUUCUGUGAACCAUAUUCACAAUCAAACCGAAAUGUUUCGUCGGAAAGAAUAAAUACUUUUGACGACUUAGGUGUCAAUAAUUUAAGGUCAAUGAUCAAUGGGGAAACAUCCGAGAGUAAAUUCAAAGGAAGUUUCAACGAAUCAGAACAAGAUUGGCAGUCUACCGUACUAUUACAACACACUCAUAUGAACUUAUACGCACAUUCUACGAAAGCAUGCUAGACUUCAAUCGUAUUGCACUAUUAUUCCUAAUUUUCAACGAUUUAUAUUAUUGUAUGCAUAGGAUUGAUUGUUCCUCAUAAAUUUUUGUUUGUACAUGAAAAACGACUUCAACGACUUUAACAGAGUAUACUGCGCUUUCGAUAUUUGAACGUUCAUAAUCUCUCGACACUUUGACCCACUUGAUUUGAAAACAAAGCUUGGAUUAUCAUUAGAGAAGUUAGUUCUAACAUUAUGGCUGAAGCCAUAAGGCUAAAAAUUUACGCUUAUUCUCAGUAAGUGGAGUGAGGGGCAUUUGGUUUGUUCUUUGUAAAACGCUUCCAGUCCUACUUCAUUCAACUAGUUGACUUUUCAUACAACCUUCAAGACAACCGGGAAAUACGAACGCU